ACGUACAAUAUUUGUGAGAGGUGCAAUGGCGCAGGCAACCAAGGAGCCGUGCAAGAAAGAGGCCUGUGACAUUCAAGCUUGCCUCUCCAAGAACAACUUUCUUCCACAAAGUGGCACCAAACAAUGUUUGAAGAGAGACAAACCUGAGAUGGAAAAUAUGUGCCUUAAAGUCAUUGAGCUGCUGGAUUCCUGCUGUGCCAAAUGCAAUUAUAAUUCAACUCACUGCGCUUCCCUCUCCGGACUUUUGAAGCAAAAGCCUAAGGGAUAUAACGCUACUCAACCCAUUCAUUAAUUGAAGAGUGGUUGAGAUGAAUGAAAGAAGAAAUAUAAAUUAAAAAACAAAAAUGAAGGGCUACUGAAUGUUUAUUUCUUUUCUUUAAUUUCUUUCAAAUGUGAGUUAUGAACCGUUGACGUCAUCGAUGUACCUCGGUUACUGUUCUCUUCUUGCAUGCGUGGCAUGUAAUUAAGAUAUUAUAGAUUUUAGAUGUGUAUUUCAGAGAAAGCUGUAAUCAACAAUAAGAGUAGAAGCUAAUUCUUAGAAUUUGUGGUACCAAUCUUUUAUAUUUUUCAACAGUUUCUAUACCAAUUUAAUAUCCAAAUGUACUCGGUUCCUUGA